AUGAUACAACAAUUCUUGCCACAUAAAAGCCAAAACACAAAAAAACUCAACACCAAAAAGGAAUGUGUCAACUUCAUUCUCCACUUCCUAGCAUGGAAAGGAUAUAACGCGUGCUCAGUAAGUGAUUUGCUGAGAUCUCCACCACUGAAAGUUCUCCUAGAUAUAUGGAACUUUCUUUUCAGGCUCGUUGACAAGAACGUGACGAUCACGAAGGAAAAUAUGGCAGUGGAAGUCCCAAAAUUCUAUAACGAUUUCGGAUACCCGCAUAUAAUGACAACAUCGCACCUAAAAACACCAACAGCAGAACGUCAGUGGGAGUCAAACUUAGUGGCUCUUUCAUGGCUGUGCAAGUUACUAUUAUACGAACACGAAAACUUCCAUAAGGAUUUCGAAAAGAAAAGCACCAUGACGCAAACAGACUCAUACAUGUUUGAUGCAGCAUUUAAGAUGAACAUAAAGAACCCUUCAACGUACAAAACAGUGACAGAAUGGGCAACCGAGCACCUACAAUUGUACAUUAACGUGGUCGAGAAGAGAAAAUCAAUUCCAAACGACUUUGAAGAGGAAUUGAACAAGGUUUUGUCGAGGCUAGAAAAAUCAGUUAACUCGAAAACGAAACAACUUAACCACCUAAGAACAGUUUCAGAAGAACUCCAGAAAGAAAUACAAGAAUUUGAUGAUCUCAAAGAGAGAGUCAAUACAAUUAAAAUAGAAAUAAAAACAAUCGAGGAUUUGACAAAUAAAGUUAAGGAUUAUUGCAACAGAAUGAAGAACGAACUUGAGUUGAGAGAAUCAAUUUUGACCCAGGAAACCAAUAGUUUAAUUCAAAUGGAAAACAGUAACAAGGAAUUUAAUGAUAAAAUGAACCUAAAAAUAGUAAGUUCAAAGAGUUAUAAGAUAAUCCAGGAUGGAAAAAAUAUCAAGGAAAUAAACCAAGAUAUAAACCAACUAAAGUUGAACUUGAAUAAUUGUUCAAAGAAAAUGAGGGAACUGGAGAACGAUCGUCUUUCCUUAUCCUCAGAAGUCUCUAAAAAUUAUAAUCUUAUAGUGAAAUCGCUAUCUGCCUCAGGCAUUGAUACUGAACCUUGGAAAGAAUUUGAAGUUUUGCUUAAAAAAAUCGACCCUCACUCACCAGACCACUCAAAAUCAUUGUCUGACGAUCUCAUGAAUCUGGCCAAUGACAUUGAUUCUGAACUCUCACUUCAAGGAGGAAGUGUAUCUGACUUGCAAAAGACUCUGAAAUCAUUAGAACAGGAGAUUGAGGAUCUCAGAGUCACGGAGUCAGACUACUCGAAUUCUACAACCUUUAAUAAGGAAAAGUCACACUUGAUUUCUGAGAACGAGUAUUUAGUCUCGGAGUUGACCAAGCGAGAGUUGGAAAACACCAGGAACGACCUCGACUUGGCCAACAAACGUCUAUUGGAGUCUAGGUCUCAGGCAAAUUAUGAUUUGCAAAAGUAUAUUAAAGGGUUGCGAGAAGUAAGUUAUUGUUUAAAAAGUAUAUAUAUAAUAUAG